CUGGGGUCCAGCGCAGCGCCAGCUGCCCUCGCUUCCCACCCAGGGACACGGAGCACUCUGUUCCCGGGGACCUGGCGGGUGGCAGGGCCAGGUCUCCGUCAGCGGCCCGCCCCAGGCCAGCUCCCCCUGAUCCCCCGCGGCGGAGCAGAGGCGGCGGGGACGCCGACCGCGACGGAUAGCCGGCGGUCAGCGGUCAGCAGCCCCGCAGAGCCGGCUCCCUUUCUGCGCAGGCGCGCCGCCCAGGCCGGGAGGGGCGGGGCUCGGACGGGUCGAGGGGCGGGGUCAGACCCCGGGCCCGCCUCCUCGAGCUCCAGUGAGCCGCCGAGUGCUGGGCACCCCAGCUAUUCCAGGGGCUUCAGUCAGAGGCGCCGCCCGAGGGACCCUGGGCCGGCGCCGGGCGCAGCUGCCUGCCUGCGUCUGCCUGUCCGUCCUUGUGUCUGCCUCUGUGUCUGUGUGGCUGUGCCCGAACUUGCCUCCACCUCUAAAACUGAGCGUCUGGGACCCCGCCAUCCCGCCAUCUCUCUCCCAUGGCAGGCUACUUGCCCCCCAAAGGGCACGCCCCUUCACCCCCGCCUCCCUACCCUGUGACCGCUGGGUACCCAGAGCCGGCGCUGCACCCCGGGCCUGGGCAGGUGCCUGUGCCUGUGCCCACCCAUGUACCUGCCCCCGCGCCCGGCUUCUCUCUCUUCCCCUCGCCCGGCCCCGCAGCCCCAGGGCCUGCUGCCCCGUUCUUGCCAUUGCCGGGGGUGCCUUCUGGCCUCGAAUUCCUGGUGCAGAUUGAUCAGAUCUUGAUUCACCAGAAGGCCGAGCGAGUCGAAACGCUCCUGGGCUGGGAGACCUGUAACCGGUAUGAACUGCGCUCUGGGGCGGGACAGCCCCUGGGUCAGGCAGCGGAGGAGAGCAGCUGCUGUGCGCGUCUGUGCUGCGGCACCCGGCGGCCCCUGCGUGUGCGCGUGGUGGACCCCGGGGAUCGUGAGGUGCUGCGCCUGCUCCGCCCCCUGCACUGUGGCUGCGGCUGCUGCCCCUGCGGCCUCCAGGAGAUGGAAGUCCAGGCUCCACCCGGCACUACCAUUGGCCACGUGCUACAGACCUGGCAUCCCUUCCUCCCCAAGUUCUCCAUCCAGGAUGCUGACCGCCGCACGGUGCUGCGCGUGGUGGGGCCCUGCUGGACGUGUGGCUGUGGCUCAGACACCAACUUCGAGGUGAAGACCCCGGAUGAAUCCCGCAGCCUAGGCCGCAUCAGCAAGCAGUGGGGGGGGCUGCUCCGAGAAGCCCUCACAGAUGCAGAUGACUUCGGCCUGCAGUUCCCUCUGGAUUUGGACGUGAGGGUGAAGGCUGUGCUGCUGGGAGCCACAUUCCUCAUUGACUACAUGUUCUUCGAGAAGCAAGGCGGUGCUGGGCCCUCAGCCAUCACCAGUUAGAGGCCACCCGGGGUGAGGAGACCAUCACCUCAACCAGGACCCCAAGAUGGCCACCUGUCCUGGCCCCUCCUCAGAGGCAGCUCUUUCCCUCGAGGUACACCGCAAGGGACAGACAGGGGAUGCCCGAGAGUCUAGGGGCCACAGUGUCCUGCCCCUUACCCUAAUUCUCUGGCCUCCUUCACCUUGGCCCCCACAGAAGGGCAUGUAUGAGAGCCCUUCCCCUGCUACCUCCCAGCACUGUCUCUGGAGAUCCCCCAGCACACUAGCAUAUCAGCUUUCAAACUUUCCCUGCCCUCCCCUUUCUCCCACCCCUCCUAACCUCCCCCCCCCCUGCCCGUUCCAGGGUCUCUGCUCCAGACAUGGUCCUUGGAAUCCAGGGCCCUGGGGUUUGCUGACAGAGCUGGGGUGGGGAAGGGUACACAGCAACCAAAGAUGCCAGGUAGGACUGUGCUCUCCCCCCCGAAUCAGCUUGGCCAAUGAGUUCAGCCUCAGACUGUGGGGGGCUCCCCACCUCCCCGUGAACAGCUGUAGGGCCUAUGCUCCGGUGCCAACUUCCUUACCCCCCUCAGGCCCUGCCCGCAGCUGGCACUUGCUGCAGCCCCUGUGCCUUACAUAAGCACCCCAUCCUUCCCUGCCCUAGGAAGGAGACUACAUCUUUGUAUGUUAUAUUCAUAUAAACUUUGUAACUUUUUGGA